AUGUUCUAUUUUGACGAAGAUCAUAGGGAGAAUGGUUUUGACGCUCCAUUAGCAUCAGAUAACGAGGAGGAACAUCGAGUGGGCGAAGCACCUCAUAAGCAGAAUCCGCGGCGGGAAGAGCAAACUGAAAGUAGGAUUAAAGCGCAAAAACCGACUGACGGGAGUGCACAAAAUAGCAAAGAGUGGCAGCGAGCAAAGAAUUCUGGUUCUACAACGACAUUAUCCACAGAAAGCUAUGGCGGUGGUCGUUGUUCUUCGGAAACAACGACAGGAAGUUCGCCUCGCGACUUUAUUUCGGGUCGAUUUUCGGAUAAUCCUAUAGAGGGUGAAUUUGAUGGUCUAAGUGAUGGAGAAUCAGAAUCCGAAGAACAGCCUGCUGAACUCGUUCCAUUAGGCAUGCGUACCUACAGCUUAUCCGGUUGCAAAUCACGUUAUCAUAAAAAGGCUCGAAGCCAUUUUGCAGAUUUCUAUAAGCUAGUGGAUGAUCAUCUUGGGUCAGGAGCAUAUGCAAGUGUUAGAACGGGUAUUUCACUUGCAACUGGUAAAGAAUUCGCUAUUAAACUGAUUGAUAAACAUAAAGCGGGUCAUACACGCUCACGCGUUAUACAUGAAGUUGAAACAUUUAAUCUAUGCAAAAAUCACCCAAAUAUCGUGCAGCUACAUGAGUGGUUCGAAGACCAUGACCGAUUUUAUUUGGUGUUCGAAAAAAUGCGCGGUGGUCCUCUACUCGAUCAUAUCCAACGCAAAAAAUUUUUUACCGAACAAGAAGCAAGCAAAGUAACAAAAGACAUUGCCACAGCGCUCAAAUUUUUACAUGAUCGUGGAAUUGCACAUCGCGACGUGAAGCCAGAAAAUGUGUUAUGUUCAGAUAUCGAUCGCGUAAGCCCGGUGAAACUAUGUGAUCUCGACCUUGCAAGUAAGGCGAGUCCUCCGUCUUCACCACGAUUAACCAAUGUCAACAGUGAGCCAGAUUUAGCAAGCCCUGUAGGAAGUGCAGAAUUUAUGGCUCCGGAGGUGGUGGAUGCUUUCGUUGGCGAUGCACUUAAAUACGAUAAGCGUUGUGAUAUGUGGUCACUUGGUGUUAUUGUUUACAUCAUGAUAUGUGGUUAUCCGCCAUUUUAUGGUGAAUGCUGGCGUGAAAACUGUGGUUGGGAUCAGGGCCUAACAUGUAACGACUGUCAGGAAAAUUUGUUUAAACGCAUUCAACAAGGGCAGUUCGAUUUUCCGGCUCCGGAAUGGGAGAAUGUGAGUGAGGAAGCGAAGGAUCUCAUUUGCCAUUUACUGGUUAAAAACGUUCGUCAGCGUUUCACUGCCGAUGAAGUAUUAAAACAUCCAUGGGUGAAAAACGGUGCACCGGAAACCAAACUGCAAACUCCAGGAAAUUUAUUCCGUAAUGACAGCACUCGUGAUGUUCAUCAAAUGCAGGAGCAUUUCAAUGUGAUGAAUCGUAUCGUUGCAGCACGAUUAAGUGCUCGAAUGGAACAAGGUGAACAUGAUUCCGAUCAAUCAAUCGAUGGGCGAGCAGUCUUAAAACGAUCGCCAGAGUAUAAAAUAUUCGAAGAUAUUACGGCAGAUAAAAGUCCAGCGAGAUCGGUAUACCCGAAGCAGCCAUACAACGUAGUUACAACGAAAGUUGAAGCAACGUUCCGGGAACAAUCAUCAAGUCCAAAUGGUAGUGUACCAAAAACAGCGAAAAGAAAUGUUGAGAAGCAGAAUAAUAUCAAAAAACUAGUGAUUCGUAAAGCUCCGAGCUAUGGGCAUAGUGUCGUACAGUGUGCCGCUCCAGUAAUGCAUUUCAUGAAUGGAGUCAGUAACAGUGGUAAUCAGUAUCCAUUACACGUAUCGGAGAUACCAUUACCUUCCCCAUUACGGUAUACAGAUAGAGUACCGUUAUUACAAACUCCACAUGUUAUACCACCACCUUUCCAUCUACCGCCAGGUCAAAUUGUCAACAUGAAUGGAAUGGCUCUGUAUCCACGCAUGCUUCCCCAACCGAUCUAUCCUCCACAACAAAUGUUUCAUGUCGUUUCUUCGUCAUAUGUUCCCAAUGCCAAUGUUCGUAUGGCACCAUAUCAGGCGACUUGUGGCAGUAAUAUCUUCGAUAAAGUAGACAGAAGAUCAAAGUUACAGUGUAACGGAAUAAUGACAAGAACUCAGCAACAGCAGCCAAUGGGUGGGCAAGUAAGACGAAUGAUGGUAACUGUACGUUCUGCUGCAAAUCUGUCUGGAUCAUCUUGCUGCGAUAAUCAUCCACCUGAACACCUGGAAACUUGUCAAGGUGCUAUGGUCAAGCAGGAUUCAAAAACGGACUUACGUCAGUGUCAGGCACGUGAAACCCAGGUCAAUGUCUAA